AAAUUCUACUCUCCCGCGUCUCCGGUGUCGAAGUUGCCGCCGCACGCAGACGCGUCUACACCCAGGAAUCUUGCCAUCUGGCUAUUCUUAACACUCGUUUGGAUCCUACUCCCUGCAUCCUGCCUCAUCUGCAGCGUCAAGUAAACGGCACGAUGUUGACAAGGAGCGCGGACAAGUUCGCUCUCUUGAUAAUCCCCUAAUUGCUUUGCCAGGCCAAGGAACGCUCAUUGGACAAAAAUCGUCGCAAUCAUCAUAGCCGCGUUGACGACAAUGGAUACGACUUUUGGAAACAACGUGCGGCCUGCUCUGCCGGUAGAGCUUCAUGCCGCUACACGGGAGAAGCACCAUGCUCUCAACAUGCAGAUCACAGCGCGCUUACCGUUGUGUCUGCCGCCUCAUGCCAAUGAUCCGCUCCUUUAUGCGAAGGGCAUGAUAGUCUUCGGCCAGAUAUAUUUCGGAUUUGAGAAAUUUCUAGAAGCGUCAUUAGCCUCGAGGAGCUUUGACAAACGAAUACAAGACGUUUAUCAAUGUAUACAUUUUCGCACUUUGGUCAGAACAAACCGAUUGCGAAAUGACAUUGACUCACUGAAGUCGCGGCUAAACGCUGACCAGUCCUUGGAACUUGACCUGCUCUCACAGCAGUCAACAGUGUUUGCUUCUCGAAACACGGCAGCCUUGUCUGCAAGACCUCACGUACUGCUGGCUUACGCCUGGGCAAUGUACCUCGCUCUCUUUAAUGGUGGUCGGUGGAUUCGCCGGCAGCUCGUUGAAGCAGGUUCGAGUUUCUGGAAAGCAGAUGCAUUUCCUUUGUCGUUCUGGGAGUUUGGCGGCGGCAGUGGUGAGGAUGCGCAACAUGAGGCUCUCAAAUUGCGGUUCAAGGAUUCACUUCUGGCAGCGUCGGCACUCUUGACCGACGUCGAGAAGGAAGACGUAAUUGAGGAGACAAAGAGUCUGUUCGAUAUGUGUUCGGAGAUGGUCCUUUUCCUAGACGAAGCCGUGGCGGACAGAGGAUGCUCGAACCCACAUUUACCUCCGGAAGGCAAUGUUCGUGCGACUGGGCCAGGGUAUUUUGCACCAACCUCGUCGGUUGCGUUCGCCUGGUCAUACAUCACUUCUACAUUAGCCUUCGUGAGGACGACAACCAGAUCUGCGUGGGAACGCAGAGUCCAGGCGGUUGAUUCAACGUGAAACGCCAUACCUGCUUUCUACCAUACGUCAAAUAAUUACGCACCUGUGCUGGGUCGUCUCAGAGAUGAGAUACUCUUGGGCCAUUUUCGACGAAUCAAGCCGAUAGAGCAGUGAUUUCAGCCGAGGAAGCUCUUCUGAAGAUGGGAAGAUUGUGAGAAGCACCUGCCUUCUCCGAUUGGGGGCCCGAGAUUGAUAGUCAUGCGCUUGCAGAUCCACAAAUGGCUGCUUCGCAUUGUCCGCUCCUCAAAUGGCAGCCUUGAGCUUAUUCAGACACGGCACACUGGACACAGCCUGUCACAUCCUUGCGAAUCCUAGUGAAUCUUAGCUGUGCUUGGACGAGGGCAAUCAGCUCCCGCUGUGUGGGAAACAAGGGCGUUUGGUUGAUAUAUAGGAUUGAGGUUGAGAGGGACAGCAAAGUCGUCAGGCUAGCAUGAGGCUCCUGCACAUGUUACAGGAACAUCUCGUGGGUCUCGGUGGAUGAUCUACGUUAGUAUGGAACCAAGCCGGUGGUUUCCUGAGGAUGAGACUUCCCACCGCCCCAAGGAGUCAGGUAGGGGAAGCAUGCUGAACUUAUCCACUAUGGUUUGACGACGUGGAACAGGAAGUCCCCAAGUGUUGAUUUAAGGUUCGCACCCCUUUGCACCUGAGCAGGAGACUGAUUGCAUACUCCGUACGGCCAUGGUUGUAAAAGUCCCAGUCCGAGUACCGCUGUGGCUCAAGACUCAGGAGGCUCAAGGAUUCGGUAUGCGGAGCAAUACGCUGGACUAUGAUCGACGGACAAAUGCCUAGGGGCGCAAUGUGACAAGAGGGCUGGGAGAGUUGGGUACCCAUGCUUUGCUUUCAGAGUCACUAUUCUGCCACUAUUAACGUUCGCUUUUUGUUCGGACGAACCCCUUCAUGCAGUCACCAACUCCGGCGUGUAUGUAUCGCAGAAGUUUCAUGCUCGAGAGUUUGGUUUUGGGUUCAUUGUAGACACCAAUUAGGCCUCAGGUUGUGUGUUUGUAGCAUCCAGGAAUCUGCAAACGUCGAG